AUGGCUAAUAUCGCGCAAGCAACUUUCACAUUAGCCAAACCGGAUCAGCGCGGUCGAACAUUCCCGCAAGCUAUUGCACACCGAGGGUACAAAGCUGCGCAUCCAGAAAAUACAAUGGGCGCAUUCAGAGGUGCUGUCGAAAUAGGCGCGCAUGCGAUAGAAACCGAUUUACACAUUACAAAGGACGGGGUCUUGGUUAUCUCACAUGUGUGUUGUAACCUUAAGGAUGACGUUUCUCGCUGA